GUCGCAUUCACAAACGAACGUUUUUCACAAACAAAGGCGCGGAUGCACUUGUGCACAAAUUCGCGCUCCCAUCGCGAAUUUGUAAUCCGGUAAGAGUUUCACUUUCACUGAAGCUCGACGAGCAGCGGACUGUCAGUGGAGAGAAAGGAAAUGUGGGAUCAGAGGUGAAGGUAGUCUUGAAUCACUAGUGUCAAGUGACGGUGAUAAGCGACAGGCAAAUGGCCCGCUCUGUCACCAAUAUGCGAUCAGCCAUUAGGAGAUUUUCCACAAGAUAUCAACGGCACUUGUUUCAACAGUCGCUGGCUGCGGAACGAUCGUUUGUAGUAGCAGGAGAUUGUAUCCUAGUGCGAACACAUGGAAGUGCUGAGUCCCAGAAGAAAUUGGUCAAUUGUACUGACACUCGGUCAAGUCCCCAUACAUCAUCGAAGAAUGAUGUGCGGGGUUUCACCCGAUGUUGCGAUUUGCGUUCAUCGGCUUGGAUGCAGCCUUCUUGCACGAGCGAAAAUCUGAUCUUUCGUAGGGGCUUCACGUGGGGCUCAAAAAGUGAAGUGAAACCGCCAGAGGACCGCUUCAAAGAAACGUUGGGACUGCUGGACUCACAGUCGCACGACGGCGUCCCGGUGAUUGAAGCGAAAGAGGCAGCAUCCGUCGGGAGUGAGUGGGCAGACAAAGCGUACACUAAGUUGAUGGAUGGCGUGAAGGUUGUGGAGGAGGCAACAACUGAUACGCUCAUGCCUGCCGCAUCGAAGGUUCUUGAAACAUAUCCAAUUAUUUCCGAAAUUGCCACACCAGUGGGUGUGUUCACUGGAGCUUGGAUAAUUUUGCCGAGAGUAUUUCGAAGGCUGCAUGGGUAUGUGGAGCAGGGUUCUGCUGUCUUUUCUAAGGGUCUUUCACCGGUUCCUUUCGAUCCAGUUCCUUACGAGCAGACAAUCUGGCAAGCUAUGGAGCUUCCUUCCCGCCUGUUCGCCACCAUAUUAACUAUGCUUCAAGUUGGAAGACUUAUUGCGCCAAAUGCCAUGGCUGCUGAGUAUUUGAGUCAGUUUUGGGCCGGUGGAGGCGUUUUGUGUAUAGUGUGGUUCCUGCACAAUUGGAAAAGCAAUGUCUUGAAACGCUUGUUGUCAAAGCAGACACUUUCUAGAGACGAAAGGGAAUGGUAUUUAACAGUAGACAAGAUUUCUUCGCUAGCGCUAGUGUUUAUUGGCGCCUUGGGCCUUGCUGAGGCUUAUGGUUUGGCAAUCAAUUCGCUACUUACCGUUGGAGGUAUCGGAGGAGUUGCAACAGCCUUUGCCGCCAAAGAUAUACUGGGGAAUGUGCUAACCGGUGUAACUAUUUCUUUUUCCAAACCGUUUUCUGUGGGGGACCAAAUAAAGGCCGGAUACAUAGAGGGUAAGGUGGAAGAGGUGGGAUUGCAUUCAACAAAAUUGCUGAACACUGAGAAGAAUCCAAUCAUCGUUCCGAACUCAUUUUUCCAGAGUCAAGUUAUUGUCAACAAGUCACGAGCACCGUGGAGAGCUGUUGCUACGAAGAUACCCAUUCAUCUUAAAGACUACGAAAAAGUACCAGAAAUCACCCAAGAGAUUCGUGCCAUGCUAAAUCGUCAUCCUCAAGUUCACUUGGGUGAAGAUAAGCCUCGUUGUUCGGUCGCUCAGUUUACCCCGUCAUCCAUAGAGAUUGCAAUCACGUGCAAUGUGAACCCCAUGAGCAAAGAUGAGUUUCUUCUGGUAGAACAGGCUAUCGUGCUGGAAUCUGCUGCAAUAAUUUCGAAAUUUGGAGCUGUCUUAGGAGGACAAGUGUGAAAGUCUUAUGGAACUAGGACCCAACGUAUGCGGAAGGGUGGAGCGAUAAGGUGUCAGUUGAAAUUCUGUCGACAGGAUUUUAGGAGCUCAUCUUCGAAUGUUGAGCAAUUCCGAAGGGGACUGGUCGCCCUCUAUCAAGGCGAACUAUCGGAUUGGCAGCGAGUUAUCUGAAAAAGCAUAUAUCUUAUUGAUCCUACAACAGAAGUCCUGCAGAGUUUUGGCCGCUUCACUACUUUUUGUUCAAAAGUUAUUCUGAAAUUACGGCUCGUCUGUUUUCCAACUUUCAUGAACAGACGUGGGAGCUCACAUCAGGCCGGGAGUCAUUCUUAGAGCUUACUUGAUGAAAGCAAUAAACAGAAAAAGUCAUCUUGUAUUCAUUGGGUUGAGGGUGAAGCUAAAGGAGGCAUUUUUCUCAGCCCGAGAAGAUAUCGAGGAUCUUCAAGAAGAGAUGUGACAAUUGUACGGUGAAGGAGGAGAUCAGGCAUGAACCGAUGUGGAAGUUUACCUUUUCGCUCUCGUGUUACCACAAACUGAAACUAGCUACUGAUUUUCAAGUGCUUUGAUUGACCCCAGCUAGUGCAGUUUAUCACAAACGUUCACAGGAUGUUCGAUUCUCAGAUCACCUAGUACUGGAGCUUUCAAGCACCAAAUUCGAAGGUGUUCGGGGAAUCGUCAUCAACCUUAAAGCUCUACUUCUUUAUAAACUGGUUCGUUAAGGGUUUGAUGUAUCAUAUUUCAUUGUUGAAAUAUAAAACUCCGAAUAAAAAAGGAAAUUAUCAAUCUUUAUACGGAGAAAUUUCUAUUCUUCU